AUGUCUAACGACGACGGCCUCUACCACCCCCGCGUCCAUGACCCGGCCGCGGGUACCAUCCCGGUCCCCCAUGGCCCAGACACCGGCACCGACCACGCCACGCUCCCAUACGACCGCAAUACCGCCAACGAGAAGGCCAUCUUCAACUACCUCAUCAAGCCGGAUGACAGCUACAACUCCGACGGUGUGUACUGGGCGGAUCUGCCGUGGAUGAAGCGCGCGGCCUUUGUCACCGCCGUCGAUGCGGCCGAGGCCAAGAAGGAGCUCGGUACGAUUGGCACGAUGAUGAAGGCCGAUCCGUUAAGCCCAAUUGGCUGGUACUUCCGCAACGCGGUGCUGCCAGGUGCCGGUCUGGGUCUCGAGGGUUACGUGCUCUUCUCCAUUGGCAACCUGACCCCGCUGUUCCAGGCGGCCUGGGGUUCGUGCUGGAAGAAGUACCAGGUCUGCAGUGAGAACUGGGUCGCCGCUGUCACGUACAUGGAGAUUCUGGGUAUCAUCGUGGGUCAGAUUCUCGUUGGUGUGCUGGGUGAUUGGUUCGGUCGCAGAUGGGGUCUCAUCCAGGAUGCGCUGAUCAUGUUUGGCGGUCUGCUCAUGCUCACGGCCUCGUGGGGUCUCGAUCUCCAGGGCUGGGUCAUCUGCUACGCCAUCUCGCUCUUCUUCUACGGUAUCGGUGUUGGUGGUGAGUACCCGAUGACGGCCACCGCCGCCAUGGAGAACGCCACCGGAGCCGGCAGGGUGUCGACCAAGGAGGAUCGUCUCCACCGUGGUCGCAAGGUCACCAUGGCCUUCCUCAUGCAGGGCUGGGGUCAAUUCUGGAACCAGGUCGUCCUCAUCCUCCUCAUGCUCAUCUUCAACCACAGCGGCAACCCGCCGUACUCGGUCGCCAUGGCGCAGUGGACCUUCCGCGUCUCCUUCGCCCUCCCCGCUCUCGGCACGUUGUGGCUCGUCUACUACCGUACCUACAAGAUGCCGCUUGCCAGCAAGCAGCUCAACAUGGCCAAGAAGAAGAUCAACGUGACCGGCUACGACACCAAGUCGCUCGGCCUGACCUUCACCUACUUUGGUGGCCGCCUGCUCGCCACCACCGGAACGUGGUUCUGCAACGACGUCUUCUUCUACGGUAACAAGCUGUUCCAAUCGCAGUUCAUCAGCGUCCUCUCCCCUCAUGGAUCCACCAUCAUGACCGGCUGGACAUGGAACUUGGUCAACGUCGUCGUCUCGCUCGCAGGAUACUACUGCGCCUGCUUCCUCAUCGACAACAAGCUGUUCGGCCGCAAGAACAUGAUGCAGCUGGGCUUCCUCAUGGACUUCAUCCUGUUCGUCGUUCCCGCCUUCCACUACAAGUACUACACCUCGAUCCAGGGUGUCACCGCCUUCCAGGCCAUGUACUUCCUGUCGUCGUUCUUCAACCAGUUCGGUCCCAACUCGGUCACCUUCCUCAUCGCCGCCGAGGUCUUCCCCACGCCCGUCCGCGCGACCGCCCACGGUCUCUCCGCCGCUGUGGGCAAGCUCGGUGCCCUCCUCGCCUCCGUACUGUACAACUACAUUGACACCCAAACGAAGUUCUACGUCGUGCCAUGGUUCGGUCUGGCCGGCAUGCUCCUCACCCUUCUCUUCCUCCCAGACACCACCGGCCUCGACCUCAAGGAGCAGGAGCGCCGCUGGAAGUACAUCCGCAGCGGACGCGAGUCCGAGUACCACGGUGUCGCCGUCCACCCUAAGCAUCUCUCGCUCUGGGAGCGUCUCCGUGGCGCCGGCAAGUACUACGACCCGGAGCUCGACUACGCCUCCAAGAUUGAGGACAUGCGCGAGGACUGGAGCGAGAAGCAGGAGGCUCGUCGCCAGGCUGAGGUGAACGGCGGCGUCUUCGAUACCGAGGACGAUUACAGCCAGCACAUCCAUGACCACUUCAACGCGACCACACAACCGAAUAAGAUCGUGGCCUCGUCGGCGGCGUCGGAUGAGGGUGCGCUGAGGGCUGCCGAGAAGCGCGCAUUGUAG